AUGGCAGAGGAGGCCCAUGAAUCAAGUCCUGAUGCACAAGACAGCGAACCCUCCCUCUACGAGCUGCUGAACAUCUCCAAUACCGCCACAGAAACCGAUAUCCGUGAAGCGCAUCGUCGCCUUUCGCGGCUCUUCCAUCCAGACAAGCAUAGAGGCGAUGUUCAACAACGUCAAGCUGCGGAGCAUCAAUUUAGGCAGAUCCAACGUGCUUACGAUGUCUUGUCGGAUCCGCAGCAACGCGCGCUGUAUGAUACAUUGGGGGAUGCUGGUCUAGGUAUCAAGAUGGAAGUUGGACAACGCAACAUGACUCCUGAAGAGCUCCGUCAAUUCCAUCUCGCUCAAGCAAAACAGGCGAAAGUGGAACUGCUGGAUCAAUUGGUGCAAGCAAAGAGCGAGACAAGUUUGACUGUCGAUGCGAAAGCGCUGUUCGGUCAGCGCGUGGUGGUCGAGUCUUAUAUGAAUGCACUGGGUAUGCCUAUGAAACGAGCACGACCUGCUGAACGCGAAGACUAUGAAGAUGAGGCUGAAUCUGGACAGCUUGCGAAACCUGUCGAGCACGCCUCUGCCUUGACUAUAACAUCGCAUGCAACCAUGGCGGGAAAGAAGGCACAAUUCGGUGUUCUUACUGGUCUGCGGCAUCAACUGUCCCCCAAAACAACGAUUGAAUGCUCUCUACCACUGCUGGCACCUCGCAAGUUUAAAGCGAAAUGGAUCCAUCAACAAACAGCAGAGUUGUUUUACUCUUGUGACUUGGAGGCUGCUUCACUGCUGCAACCACCGAGUCUCGCGCUCACGACAGGUCGACAAAUGACUUCACGCGGGGUUCUGUUCUCAACACUCUCCUCAGGCAGUCCAUGGAAAUUAUGGGAUUGGGGACAAACCAGUAGUGCUGCGUCUUACGUCCUUGGCUGGACUCGCAAUCCCAUCCCAAGCGACCCCUCUGGAUUCACCGUGCAGUUGAUUACCGGUUUGCAAGUAACUGGACUUGCUGGUGAUUAUAGCACGCAUUUCGAUGGUCCUGGGAUUCGGUGCAAAGCAGGCGGCAGUCUCACAACAGGUGGUCUUGCCAUCAACGUUGGUGCGAGUCGUAAAAUCACUGAGCAUGCAAGACUUGGUGCUGUUGUCACUGGCAAUGCCCAAACACUUGUCGUCAAAUUGACGUUUGCAAGACUCGGACAAAGAUUUUCAUUACCCCUUUGGAUUGGCGAGGGUUUCGAAACGGACAGCAUGUUGUAUGGUGUCGUGCUGCCUGUGCUGGGCUUAGUUGCAUUUGAGUUCUUGCAUGUCAUGCCACAGCGUGAGCGCAAUCGGAAGAGGCGUUUGGCAUUGAGGAAGACACGGAUGCAGGAUCAGUUGGCUGCUCGGGAGCAAGCUGCUAGUGAGGCAGUUGCAUUGAUGCGCGAGGCUAUUGAGAGGAAACAGGAUGCUGCGCGGCAAGCUCAUGGCUUGGUGAUUACGGACGCGCAGUAUGGCUCGAAAGCGCAUAAAGUUGAUGUGACGAUUGCAUUGGCGGCACAAAUCAAUGACAACCAACUGGUGCUGCCAGAAAAGGUCCGUAAGUCUGGUCUGAUUGGGUUCUGGGAUCCUGAUCUUGGCGAGAAGAAGACGCUGACGGUGGAAUAUCUAUUCGAUGAUAAGCUGCACCGGGUUGAAAUUGACGACCGCCAGGGACUUGUGCUGCCUAUGAAGGGGCAUUUGAUAUGA